AUGAUGACGAAAUCACCUCAAAACAUUGGUAUCAAGGGAAUCGAAGUCUACAUUCCCGGCCAGGCUGUCAACCAGGCAGAGUUGGAGAAGUUUGACGGUAUUCCGCAAGGGAAGUACACCAUUGGCUUGGGCCAGACGAACAUGGCCUUUGUCAACGACAGAGAGGACAUCUACUCCAUUUCUUUGACGGUAGUAUCGAAGUUGAUCAAGCACUACAAUAUUGACACGGAGAAAAUCGGCAGGUUGGAAGUAGGCACCGAGACUUUACUUGACAAGUCCAAGUCGGUUAAGUCGGUCUUGAUGCAGUUGUUUGGCGACAACAACGACAUCGAGGGGAUCGACACUGUGAAUGCUUGCUACGGUGGUACCUCCUCGGUCAUUAACGCCAUCAACUGGAUUGAAAGCUCGAGUUGGGACGGCAGAGACGCUAUUGUUGUUGCUGGUGACAUUGCCAUUUACGAUAAAGGUGCCGCUCGACCAACCGGUGGGGUGGGCGCCAUCGCCAUGUUGAUUGGUCCCGAUGCGCCCAUUGUGUUUGACUCCAUCAGAGGCUCGUUCAUGGAACACGCAUACGACUUUUACAAGCCCGAUUUCACCAGCGAGUACCCCGUGGUCGAUGGCCAUUUCUCGUUGAGCUGUUACGUCAAGGCAGUCGACCACUGCUACCAGAACUACUCCAAGAAAUACACGGGAGACAAGAACAAAACCGUUGGCUUGUAUGACCACUUUGACUACAAUGCAUUCCACGUCCCCACUUGCAAAUUGGUCGCUAAAAGUUACGCUCGAUUGUUGUACAAUGACUACAAGAGCAACCCCGAGGCAUUUGAAAAACUCAUUGACUCGGAAACAAGAAAAGCCAUUGAUGAACUUUCGUACGACGCCUCCUUAACCGACAAGCUCUUGGAGAAAACCUUUGUCACCUUGGCCAAGGCCGAGACCAAGAAGAGAGUCGAUCCCGCCUUGAGAGUGCCCACAAACACAGGUAACAUGUACACGGCCUCGGCGUGGGUCUCGUUGGCCUCCUUGCUCUACUACGUGGGCUCCAAGGAUUUGCAGAAAAAGAGACUUGGUGUAUUUUCAUACGGGUCCGGUUUGGCUUCAACGUUGUUGUCUGUCACGGUGGUUUCAGACAUAAGCGACAUCACCAAAGUGUUGGACUUUGACUUUAAAUUGGGCAACGGGAGAAAAAUCGAAUCGCCAGAGCAAUACGUGGCCGCCAUAGAAUUGAGAGAAAAAGCCCAUUUGCAGAAAGAUUUCAAACCAUCGGGCUCGAUUGAAAACUUGGCCAGCGGCACUUACUAUUUGGAAGAAAUCGACGACAAGUUUAGAAGAAAAUAUUCAAUCAAGGAGUAA